AUGACUACGAACCCCGGUGGCCCCAUCAUCCCGGUAGCCCUCACCGACUGGGUUGAGCAGGGUAUCAAGAACAUCUACACCGCUACCACGGAGAACGCCUUAAAUGCUGCGCUUGACGCAUUCCUCAAAAGGGAUGCACGCCUCACUGUGAAUGGCAAAGCGGUGACGCCCCAGCAGUAUGCGGCGCUGCUCCGAAGCGAGAAGGCCGGUGAGCUGAGCGCGAGCGUUAAGUUCGACUCCGUGGUAGCAGUGCCCGUCACGAGCGAUGAGAGUGUGCCCCAGACCGGGUCCGUGGGUGCAUUCUACGAGGCUACCAUCACCACGCACUUGAUCAAGAUUAGCCAUGUGCAGUCGUCGCUCAAUGUCGUCGUUGUAGAAGAUGAGAAGCUCAAGGGACAGUAUGACCCGCGGAGGGUAUCGCUGUUAAACCAGGUGGUACUCGACACAGUUCCCAUUGUUCAGCCUGGAGCCACGAAGGCCUAA